CUGUGGCAGAAGGACUUGAGAAAUUUGCCAGCGUUUGACUUUGUCCGUCUAUACGACUACUUGGUCAUACAAACAAACAAGUAUGAUCACAUCGCUCUGAAGACUAGUGGCUAUAAGAAAUUGAAAGCUUUCCAGUUUUUUGCCGAAGGUCAUAUCAAAGAUUUGGAGCUUGCAGAAGUUGGAGGACUUGUCUACAUCAAAGGAGAAGUUUUGGCUUCUAUGAAGCAAACAAAAUACUCAGUCGCAAUAGUAUUUUCAAACAAAGGCGAAGUACUGAGGGCUGCUUGUAAGUGCCCUGCAGGGUAAGAUUAUAUGAUAUAUUUUCAGUUGCUUAUUUUAUGAAUUGUUUAUACCUACUGUACAUGUUUACGAGUAGAAAUACUAGUGCAAAACUAUGCAAACCUCUUUCCAUACAGUGAUGUAUGAAUGUGUGAAUCCGAUUGUAGACGGUAAAAUAUUGAAUCAAUGUAAUUCAAUGAAUAUAAAGGUCUUUUAGCAUGUUUAUAUUAUUUUAUCCAACCUGUAAUUUCAUGUCUUGUCUCAAAUACCACUUCAUUAUUUUUAUUAUAAAUGUAUUUUUGACAGGUUAGGUUCUGGUGGCCAUGGCCAAUGCAACCAUGUUGGUGGUAUUCUCUUUGCCAUCGAAGACUUCAACAGACAGGGACUACAAAAUCGCAGUGAACCAGUUACAUGUACUUCAAGGCUGUGUGCAUGGAAUGUGCCAAGAAAUAGUAAAGUGGCUGCAAAACCUGUUGAUGACAUCAACAUUGUGAAGUACAGAUAUGGAAAGGACAACAGAACUUCUGUUAAAUCAAGUGUGUAUGAUCCAAGAGCCCCAUGUGAUAGA